AUGGAGUGCGAAAUAGUGAUUCGUGAAGCGAAACCGGAGGAUACAGCAGCUCGCGCCCAACUCAUCGAGCGUGGCAUCAGUUCGUAUGAUCGAGAUGCCUUUUGUUUUUUUAUUCUACAAGAGUUGAUGCUCCAGGUGUCGGUGCUGGCGGCGGCGGUUCUGUUUAUCUUCGGUGGCCUGUCUCCGGCGGCCUGUGCGCUCGUUCCGCUCGCCCUGGUCGCCGUCGUGGCGCUGAUCGUGUGCGCGACACACCGCAUCGCGGCAAAGGCUGCGGCGGCCCGGCUGCGGAGCGAGCUGGCGGGAUUCGUGGCGGAGUUACACGGGCCGCUGGGGGCCGAGCGCCACGCGACGGCCGCGCGCGUCCUGCACGCGCGAGAGGGGCGCGGCGGCGAGGUCGGCGCGGGGUUCGGGCGCCUCGUGGGCACGGUCAGCGUGUCCGAGCACAACGGCGCGCACCGCUGCGGUUGGCUCCACGGGCUCGCCGUCGACGUGCGGUGGCGGCGGCGCGGCGUGGGGGGGGCGCUGCUGGACGCGGCGCGCGGCGGUGCGGCUGGCGCGGGGCUGCGCUCGCUGGAGCUGGCCACGAGCGCGCUGCAGUCGCGUGCCACUGCGCUGCUGCACGCGAGCGGCUGGCAGGUGCGCACGGCCUACCACCGGCGGCUGGCGGGCGAGGCGCUCACGCUACCCAUGCUGCUGAUGCGCCUGGACCUCGACUCGCCGCGAGCUCACACCUGA